AUUGCAUGGUUGCACUUAACCUAUUAUCAUAGAAUAUAAUUAUCAAGCAAGUAAAAUAACUUUGCUUAGAAGCAAAGGGUUGUUAGUGAGAAAAGUUUACUUUAGGAUUAGCGGGUAAUUCACGGACCACCAUAGAUGUAGCCUUACUAAUACGACUGAUUCGGAGCAGACGGCAGGGCCCGCAGCGCUUAGCAGUGUUCCUCGGAGGUAUAAAAAUAACAGAAAUAAAGCAAUUCAUUUUUUUACACUUUUAGCCACCUAAAUUGGAACCAAGUAAUCAAGUAUGAAAAAAGAAACUGUGAUGAACUAUUGCUAAAGCCACGAAUAUUGCUGAAUACUAGUCUCAAAAGUGUUAGACCUGUGGUGAGAGAUUUAUUUGAAGAAAAACCCCAACUGGAGGCAAACCACGACUGAAGACGAGGGAGCAGCAACAAGUGAACCAGCCCGAGGACUGAGAGCACCGACUGGAGAGAACCCAUCUGACUCGGAGAUUCCAGUGAUUCAGUCAGGAGAAAGUUUGGUUAAAAAUGAGAAGGAAUUUGUCUCCAGGAAUCUCAAACUUGGCACACCAGUUUUGCUGUCUCUGUCCAGAUAUUUAAGAAGUGGAGCAAGGGAUUCAAUCGACCAUCCUUCCUGCUCAGACUGUGGGGAGGGAUUUAUUCGGUCAUCUGACCAACUGGCACGCCCGUCAUUUUACACAGGAGAAAGGCCAUUCACCUGCUCAGAUAGUGGGAAUGGAUUCACUUGGUUAUCACAAUUGAAGGUACAUCCGCAAGUUCACACUGGGCAAGGCCAUUUACCUGUUCUGUGUGUGAGAAGGGGUUCAGUCUGUCUUCCCAUCUGUGGACACACCAGUCAGUUCACACUGGGCAGAGGCUGGUCAUCUGAAGAAUUUGUGGAGAAGGAUUCACUCGGUCAUCUGAUCUAAUGGCUCACCAGCUAGUUCACUACGGGGAGAGGCCUUUCACCUGCUCGGACUGUGGGAAGAGAUUCAUUCAGUCAUCCACCCUACUGGUACAUCAGCGAGUUCACACUGGAGAGAAGCCGUUCACCUGCUCGGACUGCGGGAAGAGAUUCACUCAGUUAACCCACCUACAGAGUCAUCAGCGAGUUCACACGGGGGAGAGGCCAUUCACCUGCUCAGAAUGUGGGAAAGGAUUCACUGAGUUAUCCAGCCUACAGAGACAUCAGCGAGUUCACACUGGGGAGAAGCCAUUCACCUGCUCAGAAUGUGGGAGGAGAUUCACUCAGUCAUCCACUCUACUGAGACAUCAGGGAGUUCACACUGGGGAGAAGCCAUUCACCUGCUCAGAAUGUGGGAAGAGAUUCACUCAGUCAUCCACCCUACAGAGUCAUCAGCGAGUUCACACUGGAGAGAAACCAUUCACCUGCUCAGUCUGUGGGAAGAGAUUCACUCAGUCAUCCACCCUACAGAGUCAUCAGCGAGUUCACACUGGAGAGAGGCCAUUCACCUGCUCAGUCUGUGGGAAGAGAUUCACUCACUGUUCCAGCUUACAGAGACAUCGGCAAGUUCACACUGGGGAGAGGCCAUUCAUCUGCUGAGAAUGUGGGAAGGGAUUCAGUCCCCAACUACUGGCACACCAGUCAGUUCACAAUGGGGAGUGGCCUUUGUUAUGAAUCUCUAGGUUUUGUUUGCUGUGGACUAUCACUUUAAGAGAGUGAGAGAGAGAGAAAUGAAGAAGGUGAAUCAGUUUGACUUGCAGCCUUUUUACAUCGCUCGCAGCUUGUUUAGUUUUAACCAAGGACACAGACACUCAGAGUCAGAUGGGGAUGAAGGAGGAAAAAUGGAAGGAUCGAAACCAGGGAACCAGUGGGCAAGGGUCUCUGUUUGGAAUUUUCCUAUGCCCACAAGGGUGGGUUACUUAUCGAUUCAGGAAACGUCGAAUGUGUGGUUGUUACCUUGUUUGAUCCAUAGGAGUGGAUCUGUUUUGGGGUAUUCUGUGAAGACCACUGAUGUGUUAACCCUUGCCUAGAUGUGGUGUGGUAAUUCACUUGACGAUACCUCUUGUGCCAAGUCACUUUCGGUGAUAGUUCGUAUGUGGAUUUGGAACGAUGACAGAUAAAAUCUACAGCGACUGUUCUCUCAUUUUACCACCAUGGAACCUGUGGAAUUCAACAUAAUUGCCUUCUCUCGACAUUUACCCUGAAUUACAAAUAUCUCUCUCAUCACCUAUUCCAUGGUUGAACUGAACUUUCAUACUUUACCAUCUCAAGACUCCAAGCCUUGUUUCCCCCGAGAAUAGUUUGGGAGUUAUAUUUACACACAUAUAUACACAUGACACUUAACUUUUGUUUAUCUUUCUUAAGUUACUAUAUUAUAAGUGGAUUGUAUUAAAGAUUGUUUUAACAUCAAAAACA